AUGCUAUCAACGACUCCCAAAGGUUCCUGUCUAGAGUCAGUGAAGAUUGCUAUUGAUACUGGUUACCGCCAUAUAGAUGGUGCCUUUGUCUAUUACAACGAGCACGAAGUGGGACAAGCCAUCCGGGAGAAGAUCGCGGAAGGAAGGAUCAAGCGAGAAGACAUCUUUUACUGUGGCAAGCUGUGGAAUACCUGCCACCCCCCAGAGCUGGUGCGCCCAACGCUGGAGAAGACCCUGAAAAUCCUUCAGCUGGACUAUGUUGAUCUCUACAUUAUUGAGCUGCCCAUGGCUUUCAAGCCUGGUGAUGCAAUCUACCCAAAAGAUGAAAAUGGAAAAAUUAUCUACCAUGAGACAGACCUAUGUGCCACUUGGGAGGCUAUGGAAGCAUGUAAAGACGCAGGCUUGGCAAAGUCCAUUGGAGUAUCUAAUUUCAACCGCAGGCAGCUGGAGAUGAUCCUGAACAAGCCGGGACUUAAGCACAAACCUGUCAGCAACCAGGUCGAAUGCCAUCCCUAUUUCACCCAGCCCAAACUCUUAGAAUUUUGCAGACAACAUGACAUUGUUAUUGUUGGGUACAGUCCAUUGGGAACCUCAAGGGAUGAAACAUGGGUAAACGUGUCCUCCCCUCCUUUACUGAAGGAUCCUGUGCUGAAUGCUAUCGGUAAAAAAUAUAACAAGACAGCUGCACAAGUUGCUUUGCGCUUCAACAUCCAGCGAGGGGUGGUGGUCAUUCCAAAAAGCUUCAACCCACAGCACAUCAGAGAGAAUUUCCAGAUCUUUGACUUCUCCCUCACUGAAAAAGAGAUGAAAGAAAUUGAAGCCCUGAACAAAAAUGUCCGUUAUGUGGAACUGUUGAUGUGGCGUGACCAUCCAGAGUAUCCCUUCAGUGAAGAAUACUGAAAACAAAGCGCAUCCAGGCAGGUUCCUAACUCGGUGUCACUAGGCUUCGUUGAAACAUACCCAAUGUUUGGUGCUUCAACUUUAUGGAGACGGUACAAAUCAGCAUUAAAAACAUGAAAUUUA